GACGAUGCACUGAUAAAUGAUAAUAAUGCGCUCGAGCGAGGCUUAUAUCCACGUUGUAAAUUAUUAUUAUACGCAUUAUAUUGUAUUCUUCCGUUUGCGAGCUUCGUUUAACCGCAUUCGAUAUCGGACAAGAGUGAGUCGUCUUGUUCAAAUAAAUUUGAACGAAAACGUCUCGUUUUAUUAAAAGAUAUAGCUUUUAAAAAUCUUAACGAAUCCUUGCGUUUUUUCUCUUUUAAGAUUAAUGCUUGACUGCUCUUUUCUAAUAAAUAUAAAAAAUUCAAAAGCACGUUUUCGAGCCUAUCACAGAGCUUUCUGUACCAGGAAGUAAAAAAUAUAUUAUAUUUUUACGAUAUAAAUUUUAAAAUUAUCCUUACGUUGAUAGUCUUAAAUGUUAGUCAAUAAUAUGAUGGAUGAACUAUAAAAGAAAAAAAAACCACAGAGCUUUCUUCGGGAGAAAGCAUAAAUGUUUUUAUAUUUUUGGCCCACAUGUAAACUCAAAUUUUCCAAAGUUUUUUUCAUAUCUUCUUCGUUUUUUCCAACCAAAAGUCUUCGUGACCGCUAAUGCAUCGAAUAAUAAAUCGAUAACACGUGUUGGGCCACUGACGUAUCUUCCGACAGCAACUUAUAUCACGAAUGCAAUCACGAAAGUCACAUUAAAAAAUGUUUUUUAUCACUACGUGCCUAAUGUGCAACUUGAUUCCCAAAUAAAUAGAUAAAGGCCACCAUUCGAUUGCCUAAUAUUUUUUUCUUUCUAUCGUUGGGUCAUACGUUACGAAAUCAGCGUUAAAACAUCAUCAAUUUAUGGGCAUACCACCAGCGUCGAUUCGAUAAGUUUUCGCUCUAUAUAACAAACCAUCGGCGAAGAUCGUUAGUUCGAAGUAUCUUUACUUCCAGUGAAUAUCGUCAAAUUAUACCUCCAACAAUGUGGUGGAGUCCAAGACUAGUCUUGCCGCAACUGUUGCUGGUCUGCGCGGUCUUGUUCAACCGCGCGGAUGCGUCACCGGCGUCAGCGAAGAAGCCCAAAGUGUGCGUGAUCGGCGCCGGGGUCUCGGGCCUGGCCGCCACCCGAGCCGUGUCCGAGCGCACGGACGAGCUCGACCUCGUCGCCUUCGAGAGAAAUUCGGAGGUGGGCGGACUGUGGAUCUACGACGAGAGCCAGGACAAGGACGCGCACGGACUGCCCGUGCACAGCAGCGUUUACGCGAAUCUCAGGACGAAUCUGCCGGGCGUGCUCAUGUCCUUCUUCGAUUUUCCGUACCCGGCCGACGAGGGCGGAUUGACCUGCCAUACCCACGACGAGUUUCUCGAGCAGAUGAAAAAAUUCGCCGAUCACUUCGAUCUGCGCAAAUACAUUCAGUUCGACACGCUGGUCGAGAAAGUCGUGCUCGUCGAGGGCAAUAAAGACGACUGGAGAUCCGACAAGUGGACUGUUAUCACCAAGGAUUUGAAUACCGAUCAGGAGACGGCGGUGCUCUGCGACGCUUUGAUGAUCGGCAAUGGGCAUUACAGCAAACCGCGCAUACCCAAGAUCCCCAACAUCGACAAGUUCCCGGGCAAGGUGAUGCACAGCCACUUGUACAGACACCCCGAGGAGUUCAAGGGUCAGACGGUCCUGAUACUCGGAGCCGGAAUUUCCGGUAUCGAUAUCAGCAUCGACCUGGCCACUCAGGCCAAGAAGGUUUACCUGAGUCACAAUCACGACAGAAUCCAGGCCGAGCUGCCCGAAAACGUGGAACAGGUCCGAGGUCUGCGCUCCGUCGACGAGACCGGUAAGGAGCUGAUCCUGCGCGACGCGUCGCGGAUUCGGGCCGACGCCAUCGUCUUCGCCACGGGCUAUCUGUACGAUCAUCCGUUCCUGGGCCCGGACAGCGGCCUCGAGUUCGACGACAAUUUCAUCUAUCCCCUGUACAAGCACAUGCUCAACGCCCGACACCCGUCCAUGGCUCUCAUCGGGGCACCCCUCAACACCGCGGUCUUCCCGGUCACCUACACCCAGAGCCAUUACUUCGUGCAGCUGCUGCUCGGCAACGCUCGACUGCCCGAUUACGAGCAGAGGAUGGACGAGAUACUGGCCAAGUACGCGAAUCACACGAUGACCGACCGCGAGAAGAAGUACGCCCACUCGCUCGACUCGAAGCAGUGGGACUACGAGAGGGAGCUGGCCAAGGCGGGUGGGUUCGAGGUGCCGAUCGACGAGUUCGCCAAGCUCUACGACGAGUGGACCCGGUUCCGCAUGCAGCAUCUGCUGGGUUACAAGGACGCCAGGCUGGAGCUGGCGGCCGACGGCUCGUUCAAAAUCAUCGGGCCCGAUGGCGAGGUCUGGUCCGACUGAUGUGCGUGAAAACUAUGAUAUAGAGUUUUUUUUUAAAUUGUAAAGUUUUGUAAAAUUUGUUGAGUAUUUUUAAUUGAUAAAAUUUGUCUAUUUAUGUGAGAUUUAGAGAAUUGGUGUAGAUAGAAAUUCAAAUUUGUGUUAACGAUAUGACGUAGUUUAAAGAGUAAAUUAACAAAUCAAAA